UCCCUCCCCGGCGGCGGGCGGGGCGGGGCGGGGCGGAGGCAGAGCCCAGAGCCCAGCCCGGCCGCGCGGGCGCCGCCACUUGCGACGCCAGGAGGCCGGGAACCGCCGCCGGAUCGGAUCCGCCAGGUCCAGCCACUGGGGUCUCCCCACCGCCCUUGAGUGGCCAUGUCCAACCCCAGCGCACCCCCUCCGUAUGAGGACCGCAACCCCCUGUACCCUCCACCCCAUGGGGGCUAUGGGCAGCCUUCUGUCCUGCCGGGCGGGUACCCUGCCUACCCUGCCUACCCACAGCCCGGCUAUGGCCACCCUUCUGGCUACCCACAGCCCAUGCCCCCCGUGCACCCGAUGCCCAUGCACUACGGCCCAGGCUAUGACGCCGAGGAGAGAGCGGUGAGUGACAGCUUCGGGGCUGGAGAGUGGGAUGACUUGAAAGUCCGACACACCUUCAUCCGAAAGGUUUACAGCAUCAUCUCCGUCCAGCUGCUCAUCACAGUGGCCAUCAUCGCCAUCUUCACCUUCGUGAAGCCGGUUGGCGAGUUUGUGAGGAGAAACGUGGCUGUCUACUACGUGUCCUAUGCUGUCUUCCUGGCCACCUACCUGACCCUUGCCUGCUGCCAGGGACCCAGACGCCGGUUUCCAUGGAACAUCAUCCUGCUGACCCUCUUUACUCUGGCCCUGGGCUUCAUGACAGGCACCAUUUCCAGUAUGUAUCAGACCAAAGCCGUCAUCAUCGCAAUGAUCAUCACUGCUGUGGUGUCCAUCUCAGUCACCAUCUUCUGCUUCCAGACCAAGGUGGACUUCACCUCGUGCACGGGCCUCUUCUGUGUCCUGGGGAUCGUGAUGAUGGUGACAGGGAUUGUCACUGCCAUCGUGCUGGCCUUCAAAUACAUUUACUGGCUCCAUAUGGUCUAUGCUGGUCUGGGCGCCAUUUGCUUUACCUUGUUCCUGGCUUAUGACACCCAGUUGGUCCUGGGGAACCGGAAGCACACCAUCAGCCCAGAGGACUACAUCACUGGCGCCCUGCAGAUCUACACCGACAUCAUCUACAUCUUCACCUUUGUGCUGCAGCUGGUGGGGAGUCGCGACUAAAGAGCGCCCCCAGUUCGGCUCCACUGUGGGCUCUCCCCCUCAGAGGGCGGGGCCCCGUGACCAGGGCCCUGUGACAGGGUCUGGGCCACAGAAGCCUUUCCUUCCCCUGAAGUAAUUUGCCCAGCUUCCUUUCUGUGCUGGGUGAUGGCCUCGGUGGCUGUGGAUGUGUGGGUGCCACCUGGGGGGGCCGGAGGAACUGGGCACUAACUCUUGCCCUUGAUGGACUUGGCAGGGACCAGGCUGAAGAUGUGCCUUCUCCCUCCACCCACUGUGUGGCACCAAAUUCUUCCUAACUGCUGGGGUGGGAGCAGGGGGAUGAAAGAGCCUCUUCUAAAACUAAAAGGGAACGUGGAUGUAGACGUGACUCUUCAAGGUGAUGAGGUUCCCCACCGCCUCUGCCACAGGCCGCUGGGCUAGGCACUUCCUCCCUCAACCCUAACAGCCAAAGAGGCUGUCCCCGCCUGCCGGACUCAGGCCGUCCUCCUGUGCUCCUGCGGCACACACGUGGCUCCCUGGCUCAGGGAGGUGUGAGCCAUGUGCUGUGGUCCCCCUGCUUCGGCUCCUCUCUUGAUGCAUGUACAUAUUGUUUAUCUGGGGUGGGAUGGGGCGGGGGGGAGAGGACAGGGAGCACACUCAAGCACAGGGGCCAGUACAGAGCAGCGCCUCCCCUGGCUUCUUCAUGGCUGUGGUGUGGCAGAGAGCAGGCCCAUUGGCAGCCCUCCGGUCCCCAUUCUCCGAAGCUGCCUGGGAGGCCUCCCUGUGCUUCUGAGCUGUCAGAGGGACCUCUGGCUUUCCACACUCGGGCUGCUCCAGGCAGAAAGUGAGGGGCAAAGGUCGGGGUGGCGUGGUCUGCAAGCUCAUGUGUGGCCAGGAAGCAACCAGGAGGAUGAGGAGUCUGGGUUGGGAUGCCCCAGUCUGAUAUUGUCCUUUCCUUCUGCUAACCUAGGGAGGGCCCGAGAGCAGGGAGACUUCCCCUCUGUUCUUAACUCCUACUGAGGGACUUUAGACUCAGACCAAUCUCUAGCCAGCUCCUGCUUUCUUCCUGACACCAAGUGCCUCAAGCUGGAAUGGGGGAGGGAACAAGGGUCACUCUAAGGUCACUCUUAUCAGGUGGGGUGGGAACCAAAUCAGCUCAAGGGUAUAAGUAGGACUUCUCCAAGUCCUUGGUCCUAAAUAUAUCACAUAAAAAGACAUAACUAGAAAUAUAAUAAAGUUUUACACUUAGCAGUUAAAA